AUGACACAAUGGGAAGAAUUGAAAAUACAUUUUAAUUUAGCAAGAGGGAAAGACAAUUGCUACUCAGCUGAGCUUAUUUACAACAUGCUCGAAGACAAAAGAAAUUAUUUAUAUUUUGUGUUUCUGAAAAGCGUUUUAAAUGAUGUUCAAACAGCACUUAAAUCAUUUGAAAGUGAAAACUCAAAUCCAUUAAAACUUCUCAAUACACUCACAACACUGAUAGAAUCGGUGUACGUUUACGAUCUCAACGUUAAUAAAUAUCGUCCCAUAUGUGUGCAAGCUGUAGUGUCUAAGAGAACAAAAAAACUGACGAGAAUUGAUUUUAAUAAAAAAUUACCCGUCAUUGUCUGCGGCGACACCAAGGGUACAUGUCAUGUAUUAAAAUUAUCACCUAAUUUACGAGUGAUGUGUAAACCACCUAAAAAGGCCCAAGGAAUUGAUCAAAGGACUUUGCAGAUUAUAAAAUUAGACAAACUUCUAAGUCUAGUUCGAGAUCCGCCUUUUACACCUGGAAUUGUUGAUGAAAAGUUCGAAGAAGAUUAA